CGCCGAGCCGCCGUCGCCGAGCCGCCGUCGCCGUCGUCCUCGAGGUCCGACUCGAGGGGCGGGGCUCGUGGCUCCCUUUCGCAGCUUCGAACCCUCCGGAGGCUGCCAGAGGGACCCGUCGCUGUCGCCGUUCACUGUCAUCGUGGUCGCGCGCGCGGACGUCCUGGCCGUCGCCAGGGUCGCGGGGGCAGGCCUUCCAUCGGAUGGCCUGGCCGUCGUCGGCGUCUCCGUUGGGGUGCUUCUCAUCUGCGCAGAGGCCUCUGGACCUCUGCGCACGGGGCCAGGAGCUCGUUCCUGGGCUGCUCCUCUUCGUCCUCCUUCGUCCAACUCGAUCUCGUCUUCCUUGGGCUCAUUCUCGUUCCCCUCGUCGUCGCUCACCUUUCCUCUUCACGCCAGCGUGCUCAUCAUCUACCUCGUCUUCACGUUCGUAGCCAUUUCGGCUCAGGGCUCUUGAGCCAUAAGUCUCUUGCGGCUUCGCCGUGGACGCAAAUUGUUCCAGGCUCUUUUCUAGCCGGUGAACCCUGUCUGCGGCCAUGGCAGAGACAUUUGCAUUCAAUGCUGACAUUCAGCAGCUCAUGAGCUUGAUCAUCAACACCUUCUACUCCAACAAGGAGAUCUUUCUGCGCGAGCUCAUCUCCAAUGCGUCAGAUGCCUUGGACAAGAUCCGGUACGAGUCCAUCACGGAUCCCGACAAGAUUGAGGCCCAGCCGAAUUUUUAUAUCAAGAUCGUCCCCGACAAGACCAACUCCACCAUCACGAUCGAGGACUCUGGCAUCGGCAUGACCAAGAACGAGUUGAUCAACAACCUCGGCACCAUAGCCAAGUCAGGCACCAAGGCCUUCAUGGAGGCAAUGGCGGCCGGCGGCGACAUCUCCAUGAUCGGGCAGUUCGGAGUUGGCUUCUAUUCUGCGUACCUCGUCUCGGACAAGGUGCGCGUGAUCAGCAAGAACAACGACGACGAGCAGUACAUCUGGGAGUCCGGGGCUGGCGGCUCCUUCACGGUGCAGAAGGACACGGAGAUGGUGCACGGGGAGAUCAAGCGCGGCACUAAAAUCAUUUGCUAUUUGAAGGAGGACCAGUCGGAAUUCCUGGAGGAGCGCCGCCUGAAGGAUCUGGUCAAGAAGCACUCGGAGUUCAUCGGGUUCCCAAUUGAGUUGUACGUGGAGAAGUCCAAGGAGAAGGAGGUUACGGAUUCCGAGGACGAGGAGGAGGAGAAGAAGGACGAGAAAGAGGGCGAUGAGCCGAAGAUCGAGGAGGUCGACGAGGAGAAAGAGAAGGAAGAGAAGAAGAAGAAGACAAAGAAGGUCAAGGAGGUAUCCCACGAGUGGGAGCAGCUUAACAAGAACAAGCCGCUGUGGAUGCGCAAGUCCGAGGAUGUGACCAACGAGGAGUACGCCUCGUUCUACAAGUCCCUGUCCAACGACUGGGAGGACCACCUGGCCGUGAAGCACUUCAGUGUUGAGGGCCAGCUGGAGUUCCGCGCGCUGCUCUUCGUGCCGCGCCGGGCACCUUUCGACCUGUUUGAAUCCAAGAAGAAACGCAACAACAUCAAGCUGUAUGUGCGACGGGUCUUUAUCAUGGACGACUGCGACGAGCUUAUGCCCGAGUGGCUCAACUUCGUGAAGGGCGUGGUUGACUCCGAGGACCUGCCGCUGAACAUCUCCCGCGAGACGCUGCAGCAGAACAAGAUCCUGCGCGUGAUCAAGAAGAACCUCGUCAAGAAGUGCCUCGAGAUGUUCGCGGAGAUCGCCGAGAAGAAGGAUGACUACAAGAAGUUCUAUGAGCAGUUCGGUAAGUGCCUCAAGCUGGGCGUCCACGAGGACUCUACCAACCGCACCAAGGUCGCGGAGCUAAUGCGCUACCACACCUCGAAGUCCGGAGAUGAGAUGAUCAGCCUGAAGGAGUAUGUGGACCGCAUGAAGGAGGGGCAGAAUGACAUUUACUACAUCACGGGGGAGAGCAUCGCAGCCGUGUCCUCCUCGCCUUUCUUGGAAACGUUGCGCAAGAAGGGCCUUGAGGUUCUCUACAUGACCGAUCCCAUCGAUGAGUACUCCGUGCAGCAGCUCAAGGAGUUUGACGGCAAGAAGCUCAAGUCGACGACCAAGGAGGGCUUGGACCUCGAGGACGAGGACGAGAAGAAGAAACUGGAGGAGCUGAAGGCAGAGUUCGAGCCGCUGACCAAGCUUAUGAAGGAGGUUCUGGGCGACAAGGUGGAGAAGGUGGUGGUCAGUUCGCGCAUGGCGGACUCGCCCUGUGUGCUGACGACCUCAGAGUACGGCUGGUCCGCGAACAUGGAGCGCAUUAUGAAGGCGCAGGCCCUCAGGGAUAACUCUAUGACCUCCUACAUGGUGUCCAAGAAGACCAUGGAGGUCAACCCCAAGCACUCCAUCAUGUCUGAGCUCAAAAAGAAGGCCUCUGCCGACAAGUCGGACAAGACGGUCAAGGACUUGAUCUGGCUUCUGUUCGACACAUCCUUGCUCACCUCUGGCUUCAACCUGGACGAGCCCACACAGUUCGCAGGGCGCAUCCACCGCAUGAUCAAGCUUGGCCUUAGCAUUGACGAUGACGACGAGGGCCUGGGGGACGACGAGGACCUGCCCCCCCUCGAGGAAGUCGAGGGCGCCGCAGACGAGGCAUCGAAGAUGGAAGAGGUCGACUAGGAGCUGCCAGACUCCUCAGUAAUGCCCGCCCCCUGUGGCAAUCCGCGCGAUCAGCUCUGCUGAGCCGGCGGCGCUGUCUGCAGCCCCGGUGCCGCAUGUCUGCUCCGACGUCAUACGUACAGCUAUGAUGUCAGACCAGUGCAGCAUAGACCAUGUACCACCAUAGACGCGCACUGGCGCGCCGCCAUCGUGGGAUCCACGAAACGACUCACCUACCUAGUCUCCCCCAUCCUCAUAUUCGACGCUUCCCCCUCAGCGGGGUUCCAUCUCGGCCGCCGGGCGGGCCGCAAGAGAUGUUCCGCAAGAGCGGGCUCCGCGGGGUCCAGCGCCCCGCGCGCAGAGAACAUCAGGGCAUCGGUGGGGGCCCACCUCCAG